AGAUACUCAUUUCACAAUUACUUAAGUAUCACUCAAUUCAUUAGUAAAAUAAUAAAUUCGUUGACAUGAAAAUUUGUGUACUUUAUACGUUAUGUGUUCUAAAUUUUGUUUUUUGUCAAGAAACUUUCAUAAAUCUGGAUGAUAAAUGGGAAAACUUUAAGAAAAAAUUCAAUAAAACAUACGUUGGACCUCAUGACACCCAAAAAAGACAGGCUUGGGAGGAAAAUUUGAAAAAAAUAGACAAGCACAACGAAGAAGCUGCUAAGGGUCUGCACUCUUAUACUCUGAAGGAUAAUCAUCUCAGCGACAUGAGCAAUCCAAUUUACCUUCAACGAAUGACGAAGCUAACAAGAAGUCACCACAGAAAACUUCCUGAUCCAGAGACUGUUGGGGAUGUUUACGAGCAUAUUAACCAUCUUCCCGAAGCCGUUGAUUGGCGAGCAGCAGGUUUCAAAACUCCAAAUUAUAAUCAGAAAGAUUGCGGCUCUUGUUAUGCUUUCAGUAUUGCUGGUGUUAUUCAGGCUCAAGUUUUCAAGCAAACUGGCAAACUGAUACCAUUGAGUGAACAGCAAAUCGUCGAUUGUAGCGUGAAAUUUGGAAAUUUCGGCUGUGGGGGAGGAUCCUUGAGGAACACUUUGAGAUACUUGGAAAACGCUGGUGGCCUGAUGACAUACGAUGAAUAUCCUUACACAGCAAAGCAGCAGAAAUGUAAAUUCCACUCUCAAUAUGCAAUUGUCAACACCAGUUCUUGGGCUAUUUUACCAGCUAGAGAUGAGAGGGCAUUAGAAGCAGCUGUUGCAAGAAUUGGUCCAGUAGCUGCAUCCAUUAACGCCAGUCCUCAUACUUUCCAGCUUUAUCAUUUUUUUAGUAAAGGGGUGUACGAUGAUAUAAGCUGCUCCUCGAAUACAGUGAAUCAUGCAAUGCUGAUUGUUGGAUAUACUAAAGAUGCAUGGAUCUUGAAGAACUGGUGGGGCAACCACUGGGGUGAAAAUGGUUAUAUGAAACUGAGGAGGCGAAAAAAUAGGUGUGGUGUUGCAAAUUAUGCUGCAUAUGCUUUAGUUUGACAAAGAAAUUCGAGAAAAUAAAGAAUAAAGAU